AUAUAUUCCAUUCACCCUGAAAAUUAUAUAAAUCAUGAUGCGCACAUUUCGUUGUACAAGAUCUCUCCAAUUAUUAUUCUCCAAGAACAAAGAAUCUCUGCUCACCAAAAAAAAAAAAAAAAAAUGGAUGAACCAGAAAACUUUCUGAUGAUGCAGAAUACUAAUGAGUUUGAGUUGCAUGAUUUCAUCGACGAGGCAAACUUUGAUCAGUGUGAUCUAAUUCGAGGCGAAAACGAGGACCCAGUUGCCAAUUCAGCAGUGACCUAUGAAUGGUUUUGCAGUUAAUAACAACCAUUUGUUAACGAGUCCACUGCGGCAGAAGAUAUCUUUGAUUUCAAUGGUCAACUGCAAUGGUCUUCUGAUUAGUAACUUUGUUAUGAACUCAGCAACGUCGAGUUUGAUAAGGAAAUGAACGGAGAGGAGGAAGAAGAUAAUUAUGCGGAUGAUUCUUCUGGUACAACCAGGACUGCAACUACACCAAGUAGGAAAACAAAGACUGAUCGAUCGAGAACUUUGAUUUCGGAACGAAGGCGAAGGGGUAGGAUGAAGGAGAAGCUCUAUGCAUUGCGUGCUUUGGUUCCUAACAUUACAAAGAUGGACAAGGCGUCAAUAGUUGGAGACGCUGUGCUGUAUGUUCAAGACCUACAAAUGCAGGCGAAGAAGCUGAAAGCUGAGAUUGCUGGCCUUGAAGCGUCCUUAGUAGGCGCAGACAGGUAUCAAGACUCAAUCGAAAACCAGAAGAAGACUCAAGUUCGCAGAACCAACCGCCCUACUUCAAAGAAGAUAAUUCAGAUGGAUGUGUUUCAAGUGGAUGAAAGAGGGUUUUAUCUGAGAUUGGUAUGCAACGAAGGUGAAGGGGUAGCUGUAUCACUCUACAGAGCUCUUGAGUCUCUAACCUCCUUCAUUGUUCAAAACUCCAAUUUGGCUUCAAUUUCUGAUAGAUUUGUAUUGACAUUUACUCUUAAUGUGAGAGACAGUGAACAAAGCAUGAAUUUGCCAAAUUUGAAGCUGUGGGUGACUGGGGCUCUUCUCAACCAAGGAUUUGAAGUUCUAACACUUUCUGCCUAGCUUGUAAACCUUUUUUUUUUUUUUUUUCUUGCUGGGAAAUUACGUAUGUAAUUUAACGAUCUUAAGACGGCAGAUAAAGUGUUAAUCAUCGGAUUUCAGUGAUCAGAAAAAGCUUUUAAAUUUCUAUGCACUAAAGUUCUAAAUCCUAAUGUUGAUACUUUCCAUGUUCAACUAAUGAUCUUGAGCUCUUUUCAGUUUUUCAGAAGUGAGCUAAGUGUAGUUUUUUUACUGUGGAAUAUGUACCUUUCGUGUUCUAUGUUAAUAAGGCUAUUGAAGCAGAAAAUAUAAGAGUCCCAGAAAGGUCUAUAAGAGGAAAGGAGUAAAUUGUAAGUUUACUCAUGAUAAUUGAAGCCAACUUCUUGUAAUUGACAGUGACUUUUUAAUUAUUAAAUGUUAUCUGUAAUUAGUCAACAUGUUUUCUUAAUUUAGAAUAAUGCAAUAUGUUAUU